AUGGAGGACCAACAAAUCACAGCAUCCGACGAGCGGGGCGCCCAAAAUAUACAAAUAACGGUCGCAUCCUCCAACUUUUCCCUCUCUCUCCUUCUUCCCACACACACACACACACACAGUCUCAGCUUCUUGUCUCCUCUUACAUUCCCUCGCCUUCUUCAUUAUAACACGCUACACAGCGUCGCAAAAAACACUCAACCUUACGAUGGCCAACCCAAGGCAACGCUUAACGCUCGAACUGACAUCCUUACCCGAGGAUUUGUCCCCGCUGAUAGAAUCAGAAGUCUGGGCAAGCAGCGCGACACCAGUGUCGCCAUCGAGAAAGUCAACGAGCUGGUUAGCUACUACAAGAAGGAGGAGUCUAUGGUCAAGGGAUACGUCGUGCGCCAUCGCGGCGUCGAGUUCACCGAAGCAGAUCUGGCCCUGGCAGACGAUGGCGGUCUGGUGCAGCGCUCCAUCGAGACUGCGUCUAUCCAGGAUCUCGAGCAGAUUGCUGUCGCCACCUUGCAGUUGACCACCAAGCUGUCAGAAAUCCAGGUGGAUGGUCUCAAGAAGCUGGUGGCCGACAUCAUUCAACGAGAGAGGGCGUUGAUCGAUGCUCUUAAUAAAUACGGAGAGGGACUUAAACAUGAGGACUAA